GCAGCGCCUAGUGCGGCGUGGAUACGGCGACGAUCUACCGAAUGUCCCCCUGUUGACACCGACGUAAGCGAGAGUGAAGCGGUGGAGUCCCGUGAUGCCUUCCGAUCGCAACUUCGCUUAACCUGGACGCGAUUCCAGCGGGCCUUGCGCUCUCCUAGACCGUUUUCCUCCUGGUUGUGGAUACGAAAUUUGGUCACCGCGGCGAUAGCUGAUUUUGGAGCUAUAACAGGUUGCGCCGUCUGGAUGAGAAGACAUCAUGCCAACAAAAGAGCAAUCUCUUGUAUUCCAAUAUUCGGAGUUGGGCUCGUUUUGUCGGUUUUAUUCGCGUACACUGCCUCUCUCCGAGCAGUGGUAAUUCAAAGAUGGUGCGAUCCGGAAGAGAUUUCGUGUCACUGGAUUGUGAUCCAUGAUGUUUUGACGAUCUACUUCGUCACAAUGAUUGUCUUUCAUUAUACCGCCACGGUUCUGACUUCUCCCGGGGUUGUGGUGUCGGGGACGACCCCGGUUCGAUGGAAUGCCCUGGAUGGCCAAGGUGGUGUGUGGGGAUAUAACCUGGAGGUCGACGCGGAAGCCGAAGCCCAAAGGCUAGCUAUGUACGGAACGUUUCUGAGACCAAGCGACAGCGCUCCGACACGUGGAUACUGUGCAACCACGACGGCGAACACGGCACCAAUAGCGGCUUCUAGUACCGCUGCACAGAUCAUGAUCCCAGACGAUCUUGCCUCAUUUUGUGCGACCUGCAAAGUGUGGCGACCCCCUCGUGCCCACCAUUGCGGCUGCUGCAAGCGCUGUGUUUUGCAAUUUGAUCACCACUGUGUGUGGGUGAACAACUGUAUUGGUUACCACAAUUAUCGAUCCUUUGUGCUAUUGUUGGCGUUUUUGUCUAUCGCUUGCGGGUAUGGUGUCGCUCUGUUGUGGCACGAAUUUUAUGAUCCUCUUCGUGAUCAAAUACGUCUACAUGGCUGGAAGUGGCUCUACAGUAACGGCACUGGAUUACUGGAUUUACCGCAGCCGAUACAACUUACCAAAAUGCUGCUCUCCGGGACUGUCGAGGCCAAAGUUAUUGUAGAUCUGGUCCUCCCGUUGUUGUUUGGAGUUGCUGUCAUUAUGACUACCUUUUUCUGUUUUCAUCUUCAGUACAUUUUGACGGCGCAUACCACACUGGAGCACAGAAUCUAUUUGGAGCACGCCCUCGCACAACAGUACCAAAUUCGGCAGGGAGCCUCGUCUACAAUCAGAAUUGUCAAUCCCUUUGAUCAAGGUUGGCAAAAAAACUGGCAACACACAAUGGGUCCAAAUCCAUGGAUGCUUCUUUUUCCUAGGCGAUUUGCUCCUCCGCCAUCAGUUGUUCCGACGCGUGCCGAUCAUUUGCGGUGAACAUAUCACAGCGUGUCCCUGCAAUGGUGCAUUUUUGGGGACCAACAGGGUAGCCUAUCUUUCUCAUAUUACCGCCGUUAUGCCAUUACCCUUUCCACAAACCAGCUGGUAUGGGAUAUAUCCAAAUGCGAGCGUUGGCUCGGAAUGCGUCUAUUC